AUGAACGCAACCAAGAUCGUAAAACACACCUGCACGCAAAUUUCAAAAGAUUUUGAAAAUUUUAAAAAGACUGUGAGCCCCACUCGGAGAACCAAAAAUUAUGUAACCACACGUCUCGAAACCCUUGAAGGCAAUUGGGUGAACAUAAAAAACCAAUAUCAAAUAGUGAUUUGCAGUGAUGACGUCAAAGAAGAUGUAGUAAAAAGCACCGAAGAAUUGUUUAAUGAAGCAAAUGAGAUAUAUACGCUCUACAGAUCUAUGCUAUUAGAUGAGUUGGACAAGUUUGCAGAGGCGAAAGCGAAAGAAAUACCUCCUGCUGUUCCUCCAGUUGCAAAAUCUGACGAUAAUAAGCAUCACGAUGUACGCUUACCCAAAAUUAAUCCUCCGACUUUUACGGGUGAAUAUCAGAAUUGGCGUUCAUUUAGAGAUCAAUUCGUUUCUUUGGUCCAUAGCAAUAAAUCACUAACAAAUAUAGAAAAGCUUCAUUAUUUAAAGUCAUGCUGUAAAGAAGGAGCAGGCAUUUUGCUCGAACAUAUAAACGUAGAUGAUGCUAGCUAUGAAAAGGCAUGGGAAUUAUUAAAUUCACGGUAUGAUUUUAAGAGAAUUCUUGUUAAUAACGAGUUAAAGUUGUUUUAUGAAUUACCAGUAAUUCAUGAGGAGAAUUCGAAAGGUAUCCGCGAAUUGUUGGAUAAUUCAACCAAAAUUUUACACGCCCUCACAAACCUAGGACUGCCAGUCCAACAUUGGGAUGCAAUCAUCAUUUUCAUGCUUUUAAAAAAGCUUCCAUCAACAGUACAAACGAAAUGGGAAGCAACACUUGGAACUAAGAAAGAGAUACCCACUUAUAAGGAAUUUUCGGAUUUCUUAGAGACAAGAUUCCGAACAUUGGAAAUGGUUGAUGAGCAACAAAAUGUGAAAUCAACCUCAACACAUAAAAAACCAUUAAAAACAGUAUUUCAUGUUAAUGCUGAAACAGCAAAUUUUUCAUGCAAACUGUGCCAUAAGGGUGCACACUCAUUAAGAACAUGUACAAAGUUUUUAAAAAUGGAUGUCAACACAAGGCAACGAACUGUAAAACAAUUAGGGAACUGUUUUAACUGCUUGGCAUAUAGCCAUAAGACAAAUAGUUGCCCUAGUGAUAAAAAAUGCCAUUUUUGUCAAAAGCAACAUAAUUCAUUGCUUCAUUUCGGUAACGCACAAAACCAACUCAACUUACACAAUCAACAAAACACAUACCAACGACAAACAUUCACUCAAGCUAAUCAAUUACCACCCAAUUCAAAUAACACAAUCUCUCAAACUCAAACCAGAACUAUGCCACACAAUAAAACAAAUUCAUUCAACAACACAAAUCCAAACACAUAUAACACAAACAGCUCACAUGCACACCAUAUAUCAACAGAAUUCAAUCCAAAUGCAUCAGCCUUCUAUCCAAACGAUCCACCACCAUCAACAUCAUCAAAUUGCUUUCACUUGAAGGACUUUAAAAAUACACAAAUUCUACUUGCAACAGCAAUCAUAAAAGUCAAAUCAUCUGAUGGAAACUUUAUAAAAUUAAGAGCUUUGAUUGAUCCUGGAUCACAAGCUACGUUUAUAACGGAAUCAGCAUCUCAACUUUUGCGACUCAAAAAAUACAAUACUUCAUUUGAUAUUUCGGUAUUAGGGCAGAACAAAAGCGGUUCUUGUCAAAACUAUAUUGAACUUACCCUAAGUUCAAAUUAUUCAGAUUUCACUAUGUCGACAAAAGGUUAUGUAUAUAAAACAUUAACAGGGCUUUUACCAAGUCAUGAAAUUAUUUCAACAAAAUGGAAACAUAUCCAAGGUUUAAAAUUAGCCGAUCCAACAUUUCAUCGACCAUCAAACAUCGAUAUUUUGUUAGGGAAUGACGUUUAUUGCGAAAUAAUUUUGAAUGAAGUCAUUCGUGAUGAUGAACAAAUAUGUCCAAUCGCUCAAAAAACCGAAUUUGGUUGGAUCAUUUUAGGAAAAGUACCGCUUGAAAAACCCAACUCUAUUCAAGUCUACACACAAAUUGUCGACAUAGACACACAAAUGCGAAAGUUUUGGGAGAUUGAGGAAUCUCCAUACCAAAAAACCGAAACAGAGGAAGAUGAAGCGUGCGAAAAUCACUUUUUAGAACACGUCAAGAGGUUGCCGGGAGGGCGUUUUGAAGUAUCGUUACCUUUCAAGGCAAAUCAACGGCCAGAGCUAAAAUCAACACAACAAACAGCAUUAAGGAUGUAUUACAAGCAAGAAGAAAAGUUACUUAUCAACCCAACAUUACACGAAGAAUAUAAUAAAUGUCUGGCAGAAUAUCUCAAACUUAACCAAAUGGAAGAAGUGGAUAUCACUCAAGACAGCAUCUACAACUCACCUUUUCACAACAUCGUUCCACAUCAUGCCGUCAUAAAAGACUCCAGUACAACCACAAAACUGCGUGUAGUCUUCAAUGCAUCAUUUAAAACUUCGAAUGGAAUUUCGUUGAAUGACCAUCUUAUGACUGGACCUAAGACACAAACAGAUAUUAUAGCAAUAGUUUUAAGGUGGAGAACACAUAAAAUUACCUUUACAUCUGAUAUAGAAAAGAUGUAUAGACAAAUCUACAUUCAUCCAGAUGAUGCAUAUUAUCAAAUGCUGUAUUGGCGUGAAGAUACAACAACACCAGUUAAACUCUACAAGGUAAAGGUUUUGAUGUUUGGUACUGCUCCAGCUCCAUAUUUAGCGAACAGAACUCUCAAAAAACUUGCCUCUGACGAAGAAUCAGCAUACCCACUAGCCGCCCAAAUGAUCCGUGAAGACAUGUACAUAGAUGAUUUAGUUUCAGGUGCUGACACAUUAGAGGUAGCCAAAGAAAAGUACCAUCAAAUUUCAACAUUAUUAUCUUCAGCUGGAUUUCAUCUUCGUAAAUGGAUGAGUAAUGACAGGGAAUUUUUGAAAUCCAUUCCGGAAGAAGAUCGAGAAACAAGUGUUUCUUUGACUUUCGGAUCUCUGGAUCACACGAAGACUCUUGGAAUCAGUUGGUUCCCAUCUACUGACUCAUUUUCUUUCCAAAAGAUCGUUCUCGACAAUAUCGUUACAAAACGUUCCAUUCUUUCAACCAUCGCUCGUCUUUUUGAUCCAUUAGGAUGGAUAGCACCUUGUAUUAUCAAGGCUAAGAUCAUCAUGCAGCAAUUAUGGCUGAAGGGCCUCUCAUGGGACGACAAUAUUCCAGUUGAAUUACAACAAGAAUGGCUCUCUUUUUAA